AUGUCGCGAAAUCCCCUCAUCGUCAGAGGUGGCAACCCGGACAACCCUGUCAACACUGGCCCAUGGCGACUCCCGCUGCGCAAUGCCAUGUUCCGCAAACCACGAGAGGACGCAACAAGAGAUAGUUCUCUGAAACCCUCCACAGGCAGGCCUCCAACGCCGCUGGAUGGGCGAAGUACCGAUCGGACUGGCUCAACGACAGCCAUGGCUGGCCCCUCAUCCUCCACCAAACCCUUGACUCCUCGACCUAACACGAAGACCAAUGUACGAAAGGUCAGCUCCCAAGGGGCGAAGAAAGCAUUUAGUGCGAAGGCUCCAGGCAAGCCCAACGGAAGCAUAUUAAACUUCUUCAAAAAGGUUGAGGCGGAGGACGAUGGAGGCCUAUUUUUGUCUGGAGGCAGAUAUGAGGUUUCCCCGACAAAGAAGGCUUUAGCCGUACGGGCACCAACGCCAGAUGACCUUGCUGGUGCUGCCUACGACGAUUUAUACAGUGCCACAGAUAGCACAGAGCGAUAUAACGAGUCGGGCCACUCAACAAAGAGGAGGAGAAUAAGCGACGGGCAUGCAGAUACACAGGCAAGAAGUACGGGCGCAGGUGUUUCUCCUGGGGGUAAGCUGCUGCCUAUAGAAAAAGCAUCGUUACAUACAGGCAUAGCCGCGAGGGCGGAAAUAUCAGAGGCGUGCACCCCCCCGCCACCAGAUGCAGACAACCCUCAGCCGAGGCGGAUAGGUGCAUUCCUCGACGAUAGCGACUCAGAAGAUGACGAAGCUCCCGUGGGAAUUGACGUACGAAGUCAAACAAUCCAGAAUGCAGCAGUGCAGGCCGAGGUUGCUCUCAGCACCGAAGGGCUGCUGGGUAUGAGCAAAAUGGCAAAGCCGGAAGAAGGUGACUGCAAUGACCUUUUCGAAGAUGUUCCAGACGGCCCCACCGAUAAUCCAGCAGAUGAAGAACAAACACCCCCCCUCAAGCCAGAAGAGACGAGCUACAGCGAUUAUGGUGCGUUUGAAGAUAUGGACGAGUACCCCGAUAUCGAAGACGAGUUUGCUGAUGGCGAAAAGUUCAUGGAGAGGAAGUGGAUGGAAGAGCAGGAAAAGUUCGAAAACGCCGACGCAAGCGAAAUAAACGGCCCUUCCCUGAGUGAUAGUUUUGGCAUCCCUGACGAGUCUUCAAUCUCGAAAUGCCCGAUUUGUGAUUCGGGUCUUGGGGAAAGUACUGCAGAUGAAAUUACGAGACAUGUCAAUGCUUGUUUAGAUGGAAAUCCUGAACCACUAGCUCCGACUAAAGAGUCUACAGUAUCGAGGAUAAAGGUAGAACAUGGAAGCAACCGAUUUUCAAAGGCAUCUAUUGCAAGAUCCGGACAGCCAAAUCCAUUCCAGCUGGACAUUCCGGACCCGUCGACCUCGUCAGCCUUCUCCAAACUGAUGUCUUCAAAGGCGGAAGAUGCGGCCUGGGAAAAUGCUGCUGCCGCCGAGACUUCAGCGAAAGGCAAGCCGGCAUACAAACGCGUCUGUCCUUUUUACAAAAUUAUGCCUGGCUUCUAUAUUUGUGUCGAUGCCUUUCGAUAUGGAGCUGUUCAAGGGUGCAAUGCAUACUUUCUCAGUCACUUUCACAGCGACCACUAUAUUGGCCUGACAGCCUCGUGGUGUCACGGACCGAUCUACUGCAGCAAAGUUACAGGCAAUCUAGUCAAGCAGCAGCUACGAGUCGAUCCCAAAUGGGUUGUUACCCUGGACUUUGAGGAUAAAAUCGAAGUGCCCAAUACACGUGGGGUCAGCGUUACGAUGAUCCCCGCCAACCACUGUCCAGGGAGCUCAUUAUUCCUUUUUGAGAAAGUGGUAGGAAAAGGUCCUAACCCAAAGGUCCAGAGGAUACUCCACUGCGGUGAUUUUCGAGCAUGUCCUGCCCACGUGGAACAUCCCCAACUGAUGCCUGAUAUCGUCGACUCGAUUACUGGUAAGACGAGGCAGCAAAAGAUUGAUGUUUGCUAUCUCGACACUACAUAUCUCAACCCACGAUAUUCAUUCCCGUCACAAGACGACGUUGUCCGGUCUUGCGCAGAUAUUUGCGUCAGUAUGUCUAAGGAUAAGGGGGAUAAUGCGUGGGAAAUAGCUGGGAAAGAUCGUGCUGGAGCAAGCAUGGCGAGGUUUGUGGACACUGGGGCCAAGUCCGAGGAGUCAGGGACCAAAGCGGAUCCGAAGAAGCCCCGAGGUAGGCUUCUUAUCCUCUGCGGAACAUAUAGUAUUGGGAAAGAGAACAUUUGUCUGGGUAUUGCACGCGCGCUAAACUGCAAGAUCUGGGCGCCGCCGCGUAAACAAAAGAUCUGCGCCGCGCUGGAGGACCCUGAGCUGUCGUCGCGGAUGACGACCAAUCCCCAUGAGGCACAGAUACACAUGCAGUCGCUGAUGGAGAUCCGAGCGGAGACCCUGCAGGACUACCUGAACGGAUUGAAGCCGCACUUCUCACGGAUCGUGGGUUUCCGGCCGAGUGGGUGGAACUACCGUCCGCCAAACUCGCGGCUCGUUGAUAGUCCAUCCGUAGCUGCCGUGCUCACGGGUGAGAACUGGCGCAGCAGGUACACGAUGGCGGACCUGAGUCCACAACGUGGCAGCACGCAUGAGGCGGCCUGCUUUGGCGUGCCGUACUCCGAGCAUAGUAGCUUUCGGGAGCUAACGAUGUUCUGCUGCGCGCUGCGGAUAGAGAAGGUUGUGCCGACGGUGAACGUUGGGAGUGCCGCCAGCCGCGCUAAGAUGAAGGUGUGGAUUGAUCGAUGGCUGACCGAGAGGAGGAAGAAAGGGGUCAUUCGGUUUGGAGAGGGCAAGGACAUGCAAGCAAGCGAUGUCUGUGUACCCCCACCCCAGCACACCUCCAUCCCACUCCAGAUCUCCAUCAAAACUGUGGCUUCCCCGCUAGUCACUAGCGCGUUAGCACAAAUCCUCGGCAGACAAGGAGUGCAAUGGUGGGGAGACCCAGUUAGCGACGGGAGCAGCACCACGUUCUUAAAUGAUUGGCUGAGAAUCGUCGACGCAACGACGAGUCUUCAAAGGCAGGCGCAGCUCAGCAUGCUCAGGAUGAUUCCCGUCUGGUGGGCAGCUGUGGUCAACGGAGGGGGAUGGCUGAACUUCCAAGACUUCCAAGACUUCCAAGACACCGGACACGGCCGCCACGUCCGAAAUCUCUUGGCUCUCGAUGGCAUAUCUGGAGCUGAGCACACAGGGAUUGGAAGUCUGACAUAUCUUCAGGUGGCCGCUGUAUCCGGAGGCGUUCUGAGCGAACAGAGCGAACAGAGCGAUGCAAGUUGGAAUGGGAAUCGAUAGGGGAAACAGACGUAGUGGUAGUUGACAUCUCGCCAUGUGGUUAUAUGCAGGAGGAGCCAAUGAGGCGUGGUGAUGGAGAAACAUGUUCUGCUUCCGGCGCUGUGAUUUGCUCGCGUGUGCAUGGAGAGAAGUUGGGGGUUUAAGAUACGGG